CCGGGAUUGGUGAGAGAAGGCGACCGUCACCGCCCACUGACGCACACCGAACGGGCAUUGGCUGAGGGAAGUGCCCGUUUAAAGCCUUUUGCGACGGGCUGGUCAGGUUCGCCUGUCCAGGAUUGGUCUGAGGGGCAAAGGCGGCAAAGCUGCAGGAGGCGUAAACAUAGAGAAAGAUAUAGAGUCACGUGCACCUAAUUGAAUUUUUUUGUGAACCUUCCAGGUUCGCUUCCAUAUGCUUCGCCCAUUUUUCUUCUGACGCCGUGGCGUCUAUUUAAUUUAUAUGAAAAAGAUUAUAUCUUGUUUUUUUAAAAAAAAUAUUACCACAGCUGGACUCCUUAAACUGCUUAUAAAUGAAGAAUUUAACAAGGAUCUAGGACCUGACCGCUUCCUGAGAAAUCACAUCAGGCGGCGUUCUCCUCAUAGAAAUGCUGCGGCCCCAGUGCAUCUACAGAGUGGCGCCGCUCUUCAUUUUUCUAGCUCUACUAUGAAAAAGAGCCGAACAUAAUAGACCACGCCCCCUCCCCGUUCAGUCUCAGUGCCCAAUGAAGAGAGGAGCUUAGUCCGAGUCACGCCCCGCUCGCCACCCAGAGGAGGUCCCGAACGCGACCGCCCCGCCUAUCGGGGGCGUGGCUAUGUGAAGCCGACAAACCAAUCAACGAGGACUGGCGGAACCUGAGAGGAAGUGACGCAAAGCCAGCUGCUGUCGCUGUCAAGAACCCGGAUGAUUUUGGGGGUGAAUAGGCGGAGAUGGUUUUGAAGCGGAAGCUGUUGCAUGUCUGCUUUCCUGGUUCUGCGUUCCGUGAUUAGGGGGCAAAAGCUAACUGAAAGCUAGUAAAGCAAGAUGUUUGAAGUUGUAGAUAUUCAGCCAGAUUGCCUUGGGCUUUAUUGUGGAAGAACAGCGGAAUUUAUAAACGGGACUGAAAUCCAUGGCGAAUGUGGGGUGUGUCCAAGAGGGCAAAGGACAGAUGCUCACAAAAUCUGUCGGCCAUGUAUGGGAUCUCCAGAACGCUAUGAUUGGCUUUACCUUGGCUUUAUGGCAAUGCUUCCUCUGAUUUUGCAUUGGUUCUUCAUUGAAUGGUAUUCAGGGAAAAAGAGCUCCAGUGCUCUGUUCCAGCACAUCACUGCUUUAAUCGAAUGCAGCGUGGCAGCCAUCGUUACUCUGCUUGUGAGCGACCCCCUGGGCUCCUUGCAUAUCCGCUCCUGCAAGGUGGUGAUGCUUUCUGACUGGUACACCAUGCUCUACAACCCGAGUCCUGAUUACAUUACCACUAUUCAUUGCACCCACGAAGCAGUCUACCCUCUCUACACCAUUGUAUUUAUAUACUAUGCCUUUUGUUUGGUGUUGAUGAUGAUGCUUCGGCCCCUUUUGGUGAAGAAGAUUGCUUGUGGGCUAGGGAAGUCUGAUCGAUUUAAGAGCAUUUACGCAGCUCUCUACUUCUUCCCGAUUCUAACUGUGCUUCAAGCGGUUGGAGGCGGCUUGCUCUACUAUGCUUUCCCGUAUAUCAUCAUAGUGUUAUCUCUCGUCACCCUGGUUGUGUAUCUGUCAGCUUCCGAAGUAGAUACUUUCAAGGAUCUCCUUGUCAGGAAGAAAAGGCUCAUUGUUCUGUUCAGCCACUGGCUCCUGCACGCCUACGGGAUCAUCUCCAUCUCCAAGCUGAACAACGUCUACCAAGACUUGCCCCUGCUGGCUUUGGUGCCGGCACCUGCUCUUUUUUACUUGCUUACUGCAAAGUACACGGAUCCUUCGCGGAUACUCUCCGAUGGAGCAAACGGACGUUGAGCCAAGAAUCCAGCGUUGUAGGCUGAGGUUCUCUGGGGCCCACACGUCCUUCCCCUCUUAUAGGAAGCUGUCAGUUCUCUUAUCAGCCAGCUUUCAGGUAAAGUUUAUUUUCUCUUUAGCAUCAAGGCUUAGCCCCCACCCCCCACUCCCAUCAGCUCGAUUCUAUCCUCCAAAACAACAUCUGGACGCACCUCUGCAUGUAAUGCCUUAGAAGUGUUCCAUUAGCCACAGGAGCCAGAGUCACCCGUUGGUGAAGGAUAAAGGCCCGUCCCCUGUAAAUAUGUUUAUUAUUUGCCCAUGCUGUGCGAACGUGAAACAUUUUGUACAGCGUAUCUGGAAACAGUGUAACUUUUAUUUCUGAGUGCAGUAUUUUAUCACGUCUUUGAAGAAUGAUAUGUAGAAGAAUAAAGCUCAGUGUUCCGACUUCA